UGAAUAACUACAAGAGUAGUAGUACGAGAAGAUUCUUCAACUUACUGCAACUAAGUGAAGUAGAGGCAUACAACACGACCCAUCCAACUACGAUUCUUCAGCUUACAACAUCUAUCCAUUACAACAUCUAAUAGAGUGUAGAACAAAUGGGAGGUGGAAGUGACGUCUCCAGUUCGAGCUCAAGGUCGGAUUGCUCUCCGCCUCGACAGGAACGAGCGAGAAAAUCGGAACGCAGACUCCAGAACGGCAGCCCUGUCCGCGAGGACUCCAGAACGGCAGGUGGGAAUCAUAGAAGUACUACUAGAAGGCACCACAGUACUACUAGAAGGCACCACAGUACUACUAGAAGGCACCACAGUACUACUAGAAGGCACCACAGUACUACUAGAAGGCACCACAGUACUACUAGAAGGCACCACAGUACUACUAGAAGGCACCAUAGUACUACUAGAAGGCACCACAGUACUACUAGAAGGCACCACAGUACUACUAGAAGGCACCAUAGUACGACCAGAGAUCGAGGCAAAGAUCGAGGGGAAGCAGAGGAAUAUGAUGGCAGCACUACGAGGACCGGCAGAAAGACGUCACGAUCAAGGCAGAAAGACGGAGGGCACUCCCCUACCACGCGCACUAGAGAAGACGACCGAUCAACGAGGUCUCGAGAUCAGUAUGGACGAAGUCGUGACGUGGAAACGGAGAGAUAUGAUCGUAAAAAUCCGAAGUAUGAUUAUGGUCAGCUUUUAUGCAUCUUUCUUGGCAUCUUGGUCGCCUUUUUUGCCCUGUAUCACAUUCCUAUGAAUUAUUACUCGGGGUUGAGAUGAGGGAAACCGAGAUGCGUAGAGGCUGGCCCUAAUUAUAUGAGUAUCCCUCCCGAGGAGGAAGCCGCAACUUUUAUCGCAGAGGGUCAGAGCAGGAGCAUCGUUCAAGAGACGACUAUAGAAGAACCGACCAUGGCGGUGGACGUCGUGAGUAUACAAGCUAUGUUGGAGUACGUUUUUGAGCAGUAAAGUAGAUUGUUCUAUGUCGUCUGACGUAAACUACAUCAGUUUAUCCCCGAAUGUUAUACUUCCAGUAACAAGUUACUUAGUAGGCACUCGCAGUCGCCCUUACACUCUGGUGAAGGAGUGACGACCUCGAAAGAAGUUGAAUUUGUUCUCAAAUCAGGGACUGGCAUGGAAUUCAUAUUGUGGGAAACUACUUUUAUCUUUAUACCCUACAUAUUUAGUAGUACCUGCUCAUCCUCUUCCUCGUCUGCAUCUCUAAAGCAAAGAAGAAACCCGGGAGGGACGAGAGCAUGGUCGUGGAUACAAAAACCGUGGCCGAAACUACUCAGAUUUGA